UUAUCCUUUGAAUUAUAUCAACGUCCCAAAAUAGAAUACCUUUCUUUUCUCGACAAUACAACAAUAAACCCAGUGGUUAGCGAAGCUAAGUUUAUGCCCUCUAAUCCCCUUAUAUAUCCUUCACUAAAUAAUUAAUCACAUUUUAACAUCAAAAAUUAAUCRCAAAGAUCCAAUCAAAAUCUCUCUAAAGWUACACAAGUAAGUAUCACRUUCUAGAUAAAACAUUUUCCGUUAAAAUUUCCGUCACUUACGAUCKUUUGAGGAUGAACUCUGAUCCCAGACCGACACGCAUGCGUUCUAGUUUAUUGACACUAGCAUUAUAGUUUCAAAUUUUCGUCUUUCAACGCGACAGCGUCUUGAAAGAUAAGAAAACUCUUCGUCAUUAUUUCCUCUGCUGRAGCGAAUUGGGAAGCAAGUGMUUGAUAAUCCGACAAUCAAGAUUUCUAAUGUUUCUUUGGGAGUUUURUUGGUAUAUUGGUUGGGCAAUUUGGACGCCGUCGAGACGYGUAGGUCGUCAUGUUSAUGAUUAAUCAGAAUAAUUUACUAUGAGCGAGCUUAAAGUCGUYGUKGAUGGYAAAGAAAGAGAAAUACGYGGUGUCAGUGAAGAAACAACUUGUGARAAUAUCAUUUUAGUGUUAGCAAAAGCAGCAGGAAAAACUGGAAAAGUUGCGCUGAUUGAAAGAUGGCGCGGAYACGAGAGAAUUUUACCGCCCGAAGAGUGUCCUCUGAAGUGCGUACAAUCCUGGGGUUCUUUUAAGCACGAUGUUACAUUGGUACUACAAGACGAGAGCUUGUCAACGURUAAUCAUUUAAAUAAAACUUCAAUUAAUUUGAGAGCUGAUGACAAGAGUGAUCUAAUAAAACGAUCGCUCGAUUGUGAAUCCCUAGAGGAUUUGGUUACUAUCCAGCGACGUAAGAUUGAGUCYCUAGCGCGUGCAGCAGAAAUAAUUGAACUUCACUUUUCUUGUUGGGACAGCAACGAGGAAGCAUUYUUGUACUCUACAGAAGAMGAAAUUGCUGAAGAUUUGGCUGUUGAAUUGGAGAAAGUGCUCAAGCUACAAGAAAAUGAGCUAGUUGAGUUAAAAACUUGUGAAAAUGAACUCAAGARUCUUGAGCAAACAUUCACAAAUCUUUCCAAACAACGUGACUCUUUUGGGGAUAAAAUUUCUAAAAYAGAAGAGCGGAUAGCAGARGCUUAUGAUGCAGUUGAUAUGCUAWUGGAAGAUYUAGAAAAAGAGGAGAAUUCYUACAAGGAAAUGAGRAMCUCUGAGACUGAURRCGCRCGGAUGCGUGAAGAACUGGAAGUCAUUUCCCGAAAGCUGUCCCAGCAAAAUGCUUUGUUUUCUAAACAGGAUUUAGAAAUGAAUUCAAUUAGCUCGUCUAUGUYGGACUUGAAUAAUUCUGUACAAAUUAAAAACGAUACUAUUUAUCGCCUGAAAGAAGAGAUUGAAUCUUGUAUUGAUGAUUUCAGCAUGACUGAAAAUUUUCUUCCAAAAGUACCGGAGGUUGAGUCSACGAAACGUCGCGAAAAUGGAAAUGUUGAAUUGUAUGAGAAAGACAUUGAAACGGCGGAAACACUUGAAACUAUGAACAUGAACCACAAAAAUCACGACGAAAUUCAAUCCUCAACCGAGAACAUUGAAAAAGUAAACGAGAGAGAAGAGAGCAAGAAUGAAAUCAUGAGGAAUUCAUCAAAUAUGAAAACGUUUUUCGAAAGUGAAAGUCACCAAUCCGCAACUUCAGAAGAGUUACACAAAUUUUCUUCGUUGUCAGCGAAUUUUCUUGAGAAUGGCAUCGAUGAAACAGAAAAUUUUACCAUUGCAAACUUCACAGWAAUUCCYGACGSAAAAAAUCUUAAUAUGGAAAAGAGUUCAAAAUCACCACCAAGAGUUUCCAAAGACUUCACAACAAUUUCUCCAGAAGUUCCAACAAAAACACCAGAAACUCCAGAUAUUUCUUCAACAAAAAUCAGUUCUAAUAYUGCCAAUAAUCUUGCAUCACAACCUUCAGAUAUGUCAAAAUUCCAUUCAAAAAGAAAAGAAAGUUUCAAAAAAAUCCGAGACGUUUUUGAAAGGAAAAACGUUAAUGAAAGUGMUGUKWACAACGAAGCAGUUUGUGAACAAAAAUUAAGAAAAAAUUCUGGCAAGACACCUCUUGCACCCAAACCUCCAAGAAGUAAAAUUCUACCUCCACAUCUAGAAAAUGCAGUUUCACCACUAGAAGAAAAAGUUAGCAAUKCAAGAAUUGGUCUUUAUAGAGCAUUUUCAGACAAUAAAAGAAMUUUCAUACACCAACCUAAACCCUAUGAAWGCAGUGUUAGAAAUWCAGAAAUACCUAAACUUCCAGAAACAAAGUCAGUAGAUUAUUUUGAAAUGUCUGAAGAGAAAAAGGUCUUGAAGCUGACAGCAAAGCCUUAUGGAAUGAACAUUACAAAUGUUUCUGAGCCUAAAACUUGGGAUAAAUCAAAACAUUUGUCCGAACCUGAGAUAAAUCCAGCAAAAUUUGAGGUGUUACAAAAASARAAUCUUUCWAAAGAUMUUGGAAAAACUUCUACRAUGAGCUCUGUAGGGCUCAAAGGKACGCAUGACAAUACAAAAGGCAGAGCUAAUUCUUAUGGGGCCCAUUCUUCAAAACCRACARCAACUUCAGUAUUAUCAAAAGCUUCRUUAUCUUCUGAAAGAMCUAGAACAUACRUYCCACAACCCACUGUUUCACACAAUACWAGGCAUUCAAAGAAAGAAAGAGUUGUUAGCAAUAUUGAUUAUAGCACUGAACAGGGUGUUUUUGUAUAAAAAAUUUUGUUAUGUUUCCUGUCAAAGCCAAUAUAUUUAUAAGACAUUGAACUUGAGAAWGAAAAGCAAGGUGUAAAAAUCAAGUAUAGUUAUUUUAAAGAAUGUUGAACAAAGUGAUAACAUUAAAGCCAUGAAAGAAAAUAUAUAGUACUCAAGGUGUGAUACUUCAAAAGGCAYAAAAGAAAACAAUGGAAUUAUCGGCUAGAUUAAGUUGUAUUAGUCUAAUAUCUAUUUCUCACAUUUGUGAAUGAGUUAUAGUGCACUGUGAAAGCAUUACUUUAUGAAUUUGCUUUAGUUUUCCUUUACCUUCAUUGAGACUCCAAGAGAAAAACAAAACAGAAAACAGACAGUUUUUGAUCCCAUUGCAAAACUUUAUUCCCCCAUAAUCCAAAAACUUUGAGCUUAGGGAGACAGAGGAUAUAUUUUGGGUUUCUUAGGAAGAAUUGUAUUUUUUUCUAUUUUUUUUUUCUCAAAACAAUAGGACUUAGUUUCUUUAACAUGUUUCUGUCAUUUUGGUAUUAUUUUUCAGUUGAUUUGACAUCUGACCUAGUCAUCCUUUCAUAAUACUUGUAUUGUUGACUCUAUGCCACUGACUUGGAUUCCAGAAAAGCUAAAACAGGAGUUGAUAAAUGUUAUUUUAUGGUAUUCUCUGACAGCUUCAGUUUUCCUUAAAGCUUUCUAAUCUCUCUGAACAAUUUAAGUUUGAGAAUAAUUUGACAAUGACAGAAGGACAUGUCAAGUUUUGUCUUGCAUUUGAGAUGUGUUGUUAAGGUGAGCUUUUAUACAGGUCAUGUACAAGUCACAAGGCUAGUGAAUACUAUAUAUUGCAGUUUAUUAAAAAAAAUAUGCCUCACUUUAGUUUUAUCCUUGUAAAUGAAUGUUGUACAAUCAUAUAAUUUCUUGAAUAUUACACAAUCUUUUAUUGACAAAUUAAAACAUGUAAAAUAUCUUAUGUAAACGGCUACCAUCAUAACUAUCAUGCAAUAAUAUGCAAGCCAGAAUUCACAAUACGAAGUUCAAUGAGUAAUAAGGGCUCAAUAUUGUGAAGUUAGAAUACAACAACAAAAAYAUCAGACAAAAAUUAUGCACAAAUUACUGRAACUUUUUUCAUUAAAUUUUGUGAAUUGAAU